AUGUCUGGAGAAAAGAUCUACGAGGGUGUCUUCGCCGUUCACAAGCCCCAAGGCGUAACCUCCGCCGACGUUAUCCGCAAACUCCAGGAGCACUUUAACCCGUCUGACCUCUUCAAGCCAUGGCUCGAGACCGAACGCGCAAAGCGCAAUCAAGAGAACAACUUCCAACGCAGACGCCGUCGCUCGCAGCGCCUUGAUGUUAAGAUUGGACAUGGUGGAACGCUUGACCCUCUUGCAACCGGGGUUCUCGUGGCGGGUGUUGGAAAGGGAACAAAGUUCCUCAAUAGCUUCCUCGGAUGCACAAAGUCUUACGAGACGGUAGUUAUCUUCGGCGCGGAGACAGAUACAUAUGACGUGUCAGGCAAAAUUGUUCGGCGAGCACCCUACGAGCACAUUACCCGCGAAGCAGUGGAGAAGGCACUGGAGCAGUUCCGUGGGAAGAUUAUGCAGCGUCCGCCAAUCUUCUCAGCGCUCAGGGUUCAGGGAAAGAAGCUUUACGAGUAUGCUAGGGAAGGGAAAGAGCCGCCUAUUGAGAUCCAGUCUAGGCCAGUUGAAGUGACUGACUUAAGGGUUGUAGAGUGGUAUGAACCUGGGACGCAUGAGUAUAAAUGGCCUGAGAAAGAGGCUCCCGCUGAUGAGAAGGCCGUUGCGGAAAAGCUGUUGGCGAAGGAUGAUUCCCUUCCUGUUGCUACCGCCGCUGCUGAUGCCGAUGCCUCUUCGAAACGCAAAUCGCCUCCGGUAGAGGGCUCCAAAGGCGACGAAGCCACCUCCGAUACGUCUGCAGUAAAAAAACAAAAGGUUUCCACCGAAGGCGAUGCAGCACCGGCCCCUGAGAAAAGUGAUGUGCCAGAAGCUGAGGAGGAAAAGACCGCAGAGACAAAGCCUGAAUCACCAGAAGAAUCAAAACCUUUACCACCGCCACCUGCGGUCAAGAUUACCAUGACCGUUUCUUCAGGCUUCUACGUCCGUUCUCUGGCGCAUGAUUUAGGCAAAGCCCUAGGGAGCUGUGGCCUCAUGUGUUCGCUUAUCCGAUCUCGCCAGGCGGACUUCACCUUGGAGCCUGAUAGGAUCCUGGAAUACAGGGAUCUCGAAGCCGGCGAGGAGGUCUGGGGCCCAAAAGUCAAGGGAUUCCUCGAAGAAUGGGAGCAAAAGAGAGCUGCCGAAGAAGGCAAGAAUUAG